AAUGUUGUUGUGUUUGUAUAAGUGUUGUUUCAGUUUUGUCUUUCCUUUCUAUUAUUUUUAAAUUUUCCUUUUGUUUCAAUGUGUAGUUAAAAAUGACAUAAAAUUUCGUGUGAGCGAUAAUGAAACGUGUUGGCUUGUCAAAAUUUAGUCCUCUUGAAGUAAGUCGAAAAGUUCAACAAUGUUUACGAUUUGAGGGCGUCAAUGCAAAUGGCGUCUCAUCCUCAGAUGGCAAUUUCAGCACGGAUGUUCAAAGAGAUAGUGAAUGCACAUCUGAUAUAUCUUGCGAUGAUAUACUGACAGAAAAAUGCUGCAGUGAUCGGAGAAUCAAAGGAAAUAUAUUGAAUACGAUAAAGAAGAAGUGGAGGAAAACUAAAAGGAAUAAACGUUGCGAACUCCGAAAUAGAACGGAUUCCAUGGUUGUAAUGUGUCAAAGUCAUAGUGAAAAUUGCGAUUUGCACGAAUCUUGUUCCAAGCAUUUCAGGACCAGAAAGUCGAAAUCUGAUAAAAGCAACAUUUGGCCCAUACCGUCUGCAAUUCUUCGGUGCCAAAAUCACCAACUAACAAAUGAUAAAAAUGAUGAUGUGGCAGAGUUAAUAUCCUGUACUGCUGACGAUAAUGAGCGCUGUACGUGUUUUGGAACUCCGUCUAAAAAAAUAGAAGUUUCAAGUGAAAGAAAGAAGACUUCACCCCGCUCAAAUACAACGCCUCGCGGAUCCUGCAGUUUGACUGAUUUAAAUUGUGAUGUCAAUCCUGUUGCCUCUAGUCUUACACUAAAAGUUGAAUCUGAAGGAGAUGUCAGCUCGUUUAUGCACUCAACCAGUGUUGAUAAUGCCAGUACGUAUGGUUGCGCCACACUGCCCGAAAGUAAAUCAAAGAUGGAUAAAAGUGAUAAUACAACGAAUAGUGUCAGUAUUCCCCGAGUAGGCAAUUUAACUCAGGAGUUGUAUAAAUUAUCCAAAUAUGGCUGGUACUGGGGACCCAUCAAUAGAAGUGAAGCAGAAUCAAAACUUAUUGAUCAACCUGAUGGUGCUUUUCUUGUCCGGGAUAGCUCGGAUGAUCGUUACAUUUUGAGUUUAAGUUUUCGCUCUUAUGGAAAAACUUUACACACAAGAAUUGAGCACAGUAACGGAUUAUUUAGUUUUUACUCACAACCAGAGCCUGAAGGACAUGCAUCGAUAGUGGAACUCAUACAAUUGUCAAUGUGUUAUUCUCAGUCUGGAGUAUUUUGUUAUUCUCGUAGUCGUUCCCCGGGUUCUGCUUCCUUUCCUGUACGCCUCACGAAACCAAUUUCUAGGUUCACACAAGUGCGCUCUUUGCAAUAUUUGUGUCGUUUUGUCAUACGGCAGUACAUUAGAUACGAUCAUAUUCAGAAAUUGCCCUUGCCUUCAAGGAUAAAAGGUUACUUAGAAGAAGGACAUUACUGAAUCAAUUUAAAUAAUAUCAAUACAUUUUAGUUUGGAUUGUUCUUCUUGCCCUGUUUUUUAGGUUAUCUAUGUUAAGUUACAUGCUUUCGAAUUAUAUAUUAAAAGUGGUUUUAUUGUGUUUAGUAGAUCAAAAUUCAAUAUUUUGAAAAAAAAAUUGUAUUUCAUUAUGUGUGAUUGAUAAAUUUUGCCAAAGUUCUUUUAUUUGUUUUUCCAGCAGUGCAAAAAUGUACAUAAAAUAGAAACAAAGAUUAAAUUCCGGAACAUAAGCUGCAAAGUUUUUUAAUUUAAGAUACCUACAUCGACGAUAAAAUAUAUCAUUCGAAGAUGAUCAGUCAAAGGGAAUGACUUCAAAAGUUUAAUUGACUUAAUAUUGGUUAAUGGGCAAUUCCAUAGUGUCUGACGUAAAAAAUGAAGAAAUAUUUCUCCGUUUUAAUUCCAUUUACCAAAUGUAAACUUAUCCAAAAUGAUUAAAUUUAUUCACAAGAUACUUACUACAUCCCACUGAAUAAAAAUUCAUGUUACUUUUUUAAAAUUGAUCCCUAAAGUAUAAAUUUAAAAAAAUUAAAGAGUUGGUGUCGGACGUAAACACACAAAUAGUAUAACUGAUGGUUCACUUAAAAAUUAUUAAAAGUCUGUGAAUUGGCUUACAUUUUAAUUUUACAAACAGCUUAAUUCUUAAGUAUACUUAUGAUUGAAUCAUAUUACAGUUUUCAAAUGAUAUAAGAAUAAAAUAAAUAAAGAAUAAAAAUUAUUUGAAAAGUAUUUUUUUGCUUGGUGUCGGACGUAAAUUGUUCAUAUUGGACGUAAACUAUAGCUCUUGAAUGUAAAUACAUAACAAUAAUUACAGUUAACUAUAGGUUACAUAUAGUGGAACAAAAUUUGCCAAGUAAAUUCAGAAGUAGGGUUGAUUGAGGGAGUUGGUCACUGGGGUAAGGGGUCACCCCCUAAAACUGAAAUAUGCAUAUGGUUUUUAUACAUUGAUCAUGUCAUGGUUCAUCACAGGGAUUGGUUUUACGCACAGAGACUGAUUUACUGCAGGGCAUUCGGGGCCCGGGGCGCCAAAGAAAAGGGGGCACCAAAUUUCUGUCAUUUUUUUAAGGACCAGUGUUCGGAGCCUCUAACUAAAGGAAACAAAAAAUUUUUGUCAUUUGACAAUUUUUUUUUUAUUAAAUGAAAGCAUAUCAGCUGAUUGUUGUGGAGAAUGGUCAUUUUCACUAUUGAAGAGAAUUAAGUGUAGGUAAUUUGCGUACUCUCAUUUCUGAUGCUAAAUUAUCUUUAUUAGCUCUGUUAUGAAUAGAAGGAAGAUUGGCCUAAAGCUUGAUUAUGAGGACAUUAUAGAUGAGUUUACUACAAGAAAACAAAGGAGAAAAUAUAUAAAGAAUCAUUGAUGCGCAGAAAGCACAUUAUGAUUAACCUUUAUCAUUUGUAUCAUAGUUUUUCCAACUGCAACUGUAAAAAACAUUUUAACAUGAGAACCAUAAAUUUAUUUUAGAUUUAUGUUAAAUGAUAUCUUUGCAAAACAUCUUAAUUAUUAAUGUUUUUCGUAUGAAAUCGGUAUUUUAAAGUUUUCUUUCUAUCAAAAUAAUAUCCAACACUUACCAUCAUAUUUUUUGUGUGUGGGGGGGGGGGGAGGCACCAUAUUUGUCAGUGCCCGGGGCACCCAGGUGUGUAAAUCGGUCCCUGUUUACGUACAUUUGGGUUUUGUGGAAUUUUUUUAUAAAUCAGAAAGCUUAGUCAAAAAAAAAAAAAAUCUGAAAACUAUUUUUUGGCGAGUUCAAGCAACAUUUUUCAAAAAAGUUUCCCAGUUAGCUUUUGUUACUAUUAUUUUUUUUUUUUAUAAUCAUUAAACCUUCAUGUACAGUCAGUGGCAUAGCUUCACUUUCUGCCGCCCGGGGCGGUUUCUCAAUUUUCCGCCCUUUUGAUGGGAAAUAGUUGACACAUUAAAGAGUCAAAUGUAUAUUAGUUAGAUUUAAGUAAAGAAAAAAAUAAACUAUUUUUUUCCUCCUUAUU